AUGCACAUUGAGAAGAGAAACGCUCACUCAUUCGGAUCAGCGGGACCUUUCCGUCCUCUGGCCUCCCAGCCUCCUGCGCCCCUCACCCGCGCCCAGCCCCAGGUCCCCAGACCACACACCCACAGUGAGCUCAUCGCAGAGGGCUCUCAUAAACUAUCCAGUCUCUCCUCCAUCCUCCUCAUCACCGACGGUUUCAUCCCCUCCGUCGAUACUCACUGUCCUUACCAUCCACCCCUUCUUCUUGACAUCAAUCCCCCUGCACUCCUUGACGUCAUGAAGACCGCCGCUCUCAUCGCCGUCCUCGCCGCCCUCGGCAGCGUUGACGCCGCCGUCCACAGGAUGAAGCUCCAGAAGCGCGACCCCGCUUCACUCCUCGACCAUGACGUCGCCAAGGAGGUCGAGUUCCUCAUGCAGAAGCACGCCGGUGCUUUCAUGCAGGACACCGCUCAGAAGGUCCUCGGCGGCUUCGGCGGUGCCGGCCGCCCUCUCCGCACCAACAAGGGUGACGGUGAGCGCCUCUGGGCCCAGAUGAUUGAGGAGGAGAACGAGAACGCUCUUAAGGGCGGCCACGGCGUUCCCCUUUCCAACUACAUGAACGCCCAGUACUACGCUCCGAUUACCAUUGGUACGCCUCCCCAGGAGUUCGGCGUCGUCCUCGACACUGGAUCGUCCAACCUCUGGGUCCCCUCCGUUCAGUGCUCGUCGAUUGCCUGCUUCAAGUACGACAACUCUCAGUCGUCGACCUACAAGGCCAACGGCUCCGAGUUCGCUAUCCGCUACGGCUCUGGCUCCCUUGAGGGCUUUGUCUCUGAGGACACCCUCGAGAUCGCCGGCCUCAAGGUCAAGGACCAGCUCUUCGCCGAGGCCACCAAGGAGCCCGGUAUGGCCUUCGUCUUCGGCAAGUUCGACGGUAUCCUCGGACUGGGUUACAACACGAUCUCGGUCAACCAGAUCCCUCCCCCGUUCUACAACAUGAUCGACCAGAACCUCCUCGACGAGAAGGUCUUCUCGUUCCGCCUCGGCUCGUCUGAGGACGAUGGUGGCGAGUGCAUCUUCGGUGGCUACGACAAGAAGUGGUCUGACGAGAAGCCCAUCUAUAUCCCUGUCCGCCGCAAGGGCUACUGGGAGGUCGAGCUUGAGGGCAUCAAGUUCGGCGACGAGGAGCUCCCUCUCGAGAACACCGGUGCUGCUAUCGACACCGGAACCUCGCUCAUUGCUCUCCCCACCGACAUUGCUGAGAUCCUGAACAAGGAGAUCGGUGCCGAGAAGUCCUGGAACGGACAGUACACCGUCGACUGCUCCAAGGUCCCCUCGCUUCCCGACCUCACCUUCAACUUUGGCGGCAAGAAGUUCCCCAUCAAGGGUGAGGAUUACGUCCUGAACGCCGGAGGUACCUGUAUCUCGGCCUUCAUGGGCAUGGACAUCCCUCCCCCCAUGGGUCCCAUCUGGAUCAUCGGUGACGCCUUUGCCGACUACACCUGCAACACUUACCUCCACCUUUCUACCAUCUCGCCGCCACUCCUCCACUCCUCCACUCCUCCGGUCACUUCCAUUCCUUUCCCAGUCCUCCCUUUUGCUCUCUGCUAA